AUGACGUCUUCAGUUCUACCAGUAACAUUAACAGGAUCUAAUUUAAGUAGUCGACAUCGUGAAUUUAAUUUGAUUGUAAACAGCAACUACACAAAUAUCAAUUGCGAAGAUGUAGAAUCAAUGCCAGAAAUAUCUUCGAUUGAUCGCUUACUGAAAAUCGAUAUCGCCUCCAAGCAAAGGCGAGUUGAAUACAUUUUAAGAAAUCUUAAAGAUGAUAAUAUGCUAUUCGUGAGUAGAGCGUUAAAAUGCUUCUGGCUUUUAGAACCCCAAUAUCAAAAUAUAAUGAACCCUGAGUACUUAGAAGGUUCUUUAUACCCGGAUAUGGUUCAGCCGGCCGUGAAUAAAAUGAAGCAUUGGCUGCAGAUACAUCUAAAGGAUCCGGAAAGAUGCGAACUAUUUUAUAAAUAUUAUAAAUCGGACUUCGAUGCAGCUUUUAAAUUCCUCUGGCACUGUUCCAAUCAAUUUAUUUUAAGCGAGUUUUCAAACAUUAUAGACAAAUUAUCCUACGCGCAAUUAAAUUUACUCGUAGAAAAUUGUCCUCAAGUUGGCAAAAUGUAUUUUGAAAUAUUGCCUUCUAAUUCGGCAGCAUUAAAACUUUAUGUAAAAAACGAACACAAUUACUUUAGCUGCGUUAAAUAUAUAUUUAAAUGGGACGGCGAAGUGUUUUUGGAUAUUGUUGAAAAUUACUUUAAUACAAAUGCUUUUAGACCUUUUGGACCGUCAUUAACAAAUCGUAUCAUGAAGAAAUAUAAGGAUAGGAUUUUUGAUAAAUGCGAGUUAUAUGUUUCGUCAAUACUUCAUAUAAACUCUUUAGCGCAACAUUUAACCGCUGAAGAAGCGAAAAAAGUCGUGCUACGACUCGCCCAAGCUGAAUAUUUAAAUUAUUGGUUUAAUUAUCAAAAAGUAGAACCUUUGAUAAAACGACUUAAGAAGGAAGACAGAUCUGAGUUCAAGAAACAUAUUUUUGUGGAUAAGUCGUUCCCAAAAAUAGAAAAAUGGCCUUAUCCAUUACCUUCCCCACCAACAUAUGAAGACGAACAUAAUUUGGAUAUUUUUAAAGAUAUCUCUGAUGAACUAUACAUGUUCGAAUUAACGGAAGACUGUGGUUCAGGAUUCAGACGAUUCAUUAAAAAGAAAUCAUGUAGAUACAGUCACGCCUGUAUCGAGGACUGUAUGCCGAUGAAGACUCAGUUAGAACGAUUGUUUAACCGAUACCGCUUAGCCGGUUUUGAAAAAACUUUCUACGAGCUGAGUAAGAACUUGAAAGCUGAAAGUUCAGUUGAAAGGAGGCUCGACAUGAUGUUGGUCCUUAUAAGUAAGAGCGGCGGGGUUCCUGCUCAGGUUGGCAAGCUGAUGAGGCUGUUGGCAGAAAAAUAUAAAAACGAACCGACUAACGUCCGAGCAGCUGUUGUUAGGUCGCUUACGAAACGUUGUUGCGCUUGGCGCUUACCGGAAGAUGUUUGGUCUUUAGUUUUAGAGUUCGGUCGAGAUGUUGGCCUCGACGGAGCCGAAUCGAGUCCUUUGUGUCGCGAAGGACUUCACGCCGUUAUUAUAAGACAUCUCCUAACCGACACUCCGAUGUCAUCAACGUUAGUUGCUGGUUUUAUGCGUGAAUUUUCGAAACUUUCUGAAUAUAAAUUGGAUGCAGAAGAGAGAAAGGUCAUCGCUCAUCGAUUGCCAACUUUGGUGUUGCCUUUAAAUCAAAGUUCCUUUUUGGAUUGUCUAUCCGAGUACAAAAUUGAUAUAAAAGAAUUUCCAGAAGCAAAGAAAGUCAUUCUGGAUUCUGCAAAGAAAGAUACUAAUUUGCUUCUACGAUUAUACAACAGUAAAAUAUUUCGCCGUGAACUGUUUCGCGAGGUAUUCUGUCUGAGGCAAUCCGAAGAAGAUUAUCUAAAUGUGUUGCGACAUGAUGUUACGCCUUUUGAGAAUGGCGUUAAGUUCGCUACAUUAGUCGCUAAGGAACGACCAAAACACGAUCGUUUUCUCCGAUUACUUAACGUAUACUUCGGUGAAGCGAACGGUUUAGCGGAGAAACACAGAAAAGCUUUAGAAGAAGCAUUUUCUCAACAACCUCAUCCUCGGUUCGCGAGACCAUUAUGUACUGUAAUGUCUGGUCAAGAAUUCAUUUCUUAUUUGUGUACUUUAGACACUAUAGAACGUCCUCUAGGUUUGGAACAGUUUCAAUCGUUACACGAGUUUCGAGCUAACGCCCAUAACACUAAAGACUCACUAGACAUCAAUUCAAUAGAUUGGAAAUGGAUCGGCACAAAGGCGGUCUAUAAUAAAGUAUCGAUAUGUAGAUCUAAAGAAAAAGAGCAGUAUAUAGAAAAAUUGUUGAAUUGGAAGCGUACUGCUAGAAUAGCAUUACGGGUAUCUAUGAAUACACCAUCUGAUAUCAAUAUACUUCAAGCAGUUUGUACGUUGAGACCGUCAGCAGUGUUGAAGGUGGCUUUGUCGAGUUAUUUAAAACAGAAUAUCGUAAAUAUAGCAGUAUGGGAGGUUGUUAAAUCAGUCAUCUUUAAAUUGGAUCUCACCAAAAAUAAAAGACUGCUAACAGAAAUGGUAGAACGUGAAAGUUUGCCGGAGAAUAUAGAAGCCGAGUAUUGGACGUGUAUGUACAAAGUUCUUGAAAAAACGCAGAAAAAGAAAGCCAUGCCUAUUUUAUGCCGCUUGAAUAAUAUGUUUCACAAAGUGGAUUCCAACUUCUUCUCUGAAAUUAUUAAGGAAUACAUCGAAAAGGAUUUCAAUAUUUUUGAAGAAGAGGAACAUAACGAGACAGUAAAAAAAAUGUACAUUAAAAUUAUUGCAAAAUACUUAAUGUUCUAUCCCGAAGAAAGCUGCAAGGAAAAUAUUUGUGAAAGCUUCUUUAAUGUUUUAAAUAAAAUGGAAGACAAAGAUAAGGUUCUAGAUUAUGUUAAUAUCUUCAUAUUUAAUUUGAAAUAUUCAAAAGCUUUCAUGGAAAAAGAAUAUUCGACAUCAAUGAAGAUCUUUGAAGAGAUUCUUCGAAGAUUGCGCGAAAUCUUCCCUACAGAUCAGUAUUUCAAUAUAUACGCCGAUAUACAUUUAACUAUGUUGUAUUACAAAGCAAUCAAUCAAACUAUGAAAGUUGAUAAAGAGGUUUUUAAUGAUCUCCAAAAAGCAAUAGAAGUCGUGGGACAUUUAUUUGGAAAAUACAUCGGGUAUGAGAUCAAGGAACUGGUCGGUCGAUACUUUUGGAGUGUCAUAGACUUGUAUAAACAAAGGGUAGUGGAGUAUCUCCAGUCAUUCGAGUACAAUAACGGCAGGUCGUGUUUAGUCACUUUCGUGAUCAAAGGUAUUCUAGACGUCGGUACUGUCGAGUCGUUAAUAUUAGCAGAACAUGUAACUCGGAGGGAAAUACAUUAUAAUAUUCGUGAACCACACAAGGAGGAGAUCUUGAAUGUGCUCAAACAGUCUGAUAAUAAGGAAGUCAAAUUCUUUCUGUACGCUGAUAUAUUACGUUAA